GGGAGGAGGGAGGCCGAGGAGAGCGCAGGCGAGGAGGCCGCUCCCUAGUUGCCGCGAGAGCGAGCCAGCGAGCGAGCGUGUGUUCGUAGCGGAGCCAACUCGGAGCACCCAACUCAUGGCGGCGGCAGCGGCGGCGGCGGCGGCGGCGGGGGGGUCCAAGUCCGGCGGCAUGGGCGCCGGCACCAAGGUGGCGCUGCUGGCGCUGGCCCUGUGGUCCCUGGUCUCCCUGGUGGUCAUCGUGGUGUGGUCCACGUCCCCGGACCUGAAGAGCUCGGCCCGCUGCCGCCAGGACCUGCGGCAGAGCCACGAGAAGAUCCUGGGCGCCGAGGCGCUGUGGGCGCGAGACAAGGACGAGCUGGAGCGCCGACUGGCCGCGGCGCACGAGCGACUCCGGUGGCGCGAGGCCGAGCUCCGGCUGCUCGACGACCGCCUGCGACUCGCCAACCGGACCCUGGACGCCUGCGGCGCGCGCGAGGCGGUCCUUCUGGCCAACGUCAGCGUGCUGCAGGAGGAGGCGGCGCUUCUGAGGCAAACGCAGCUCAACUUGACCGAUCGACUGCAACGCGAAGAAGAGCACGCGGAGGCGCUGCGGCACAACCUGACCCAGAGCCACCACGGCGCGGCGGCUUGCUCCAGCCUGAAGGCGGCCGCCGACAGCCUGGCCGCCGCCGCGCAGACUCAAACCCGCGCCUGCGAUGCCGACCGCCACUUUCUGCGCAAACAGCUGGUCAAGUGUCAAGAGGCGGCAUCGGAAGGCCCGCCCCCUCCAGAGACGCACCAGAACCCGGCGCGGCCGGAGUCCCGGUCCCGGUCCGGGCGGCUGUCGCCGGUGCCCGCCGUCGUCGCCUUGGCGUUCGCUGCCCGACUCCUGGUCACCUGAGUGAGUGACGCCCCUGCCUGCCCACUUGUGCCACGACGAUGUCAUCGCUGCGCGAACCUCUCCCUAAACACCGCCCUUUGUGUGUGUGUGUGUGUGUGUGUGGGCGGGGGGGACCUGAUGAAGGACGUCACACUAUGGUUUGAGAAGGGGCGGAGCCUGGAGGGACGAUCAGACUGCUGUACAAAAACACACGCGCACACAAACACACGCACACGCAUACACGCGCGCGCGCGCAUACACUCACGCACACACUGCCGUGUUUGAUCAACUGCGUACACGUUGCUGCCGGCAGAGGUCGCCAUUUAGUAGCCAAAAGACAACGUAAAAGCUGACGCGCCAGUUAGUCGGAUGGGUCAUCGAAAAUGCACAACACCGAAAAUGCAUUGGGAGGAAACAACUCGCUUGCUUUGCGUUUCUCAUUUCUAUUUCUUUCAAAGUCAAUUCUUAUGUCGCUCCCGGACAAAAUCAAGAACCCGAGAGCGGAAGGUUGACCCCCGAGCGCCGCGAGCCCACGUGAGCGCCGAUUUGGGACGAAAGGCGCUCGGCGUCCCGACUCUUUCCCGUCAAGCCGGCGACCGCGUGGCCUUUUCCUGACCUUGAAGACCGCUCGCGUUUGUCCGCUUCAUUUCUAAGAGAAGCGUUUGCGCCGGGCCCGCUGGGGCUUUUCCGUCAGGAUGCCGCGACUUUCUCAUCCAGGGAGAUAACAAGUGUGAUGUCACAACCAAGGAAAAUAAAGAUGAUGCAUCUUCAA